GAUUGCCGAGACCCGAAGAAGAAUCGUUGAUUCAAUUCCAACGCCACACCACACUCUCCCAUGAUUUUCACGCGCUUCCGGCGUGUUUAGUUGCCGUAGCUCGGUCGCACUACCACGCUCACAUCCUUCCUCCUAUUUCAAUCUUCCAAAUUUUAAAACGACACAUGGAACGGUCGAAUGCAAAUGACGAUAGGUUUUCGAAUCCAAACACGAACGCUACAACCACCUCAAGCUUCACCUUCAGUACCCCUUCCGUUUCGGGCCUGUCCAGGCCCAGAUUCGUGAAGGUUCGCAAGCACAACAACGCACCCGCUUUCAAUCCCUUUCGCAACGGUGUUGCCAAUGCCCCAUUCAACAACAACAAUGAUUCUGCUUCUUCGUAUUUCGAUAAGGGAAUCGGCGAUCGAUUCAGGAAUCUCCAAAUUGGGAAUGCAAAUGAGGGUUUCGACGAACACCUCGGUGAGUUUGCAUUUUCAUCUGCUUCUUCUCGUGUUAACGAAAGAGGUUUUGAUGUCUCUGUUGAAUCGGAACUCCAGAAUGAGUUGAAGAACAAAUUGAAUAUUAAAGAAAGAGGAGACGGCAAUGCAGUUGCUGAGAACUCAGCGAAUGAAGUUAUAUACCAAAUGAAGAACCUCAACGUGAAUGACUCUAUUGGUGGUAAUGUUCCAAUGAGCCAAGUUGAUCAUCGUGAAAAGGAAACAGAAGGAAUUUUGUUAAGGAAAUUGGAUGAGUUAAACCUAGAUAAUGAGAAGAAGCAGGACUCUGUUGAACCAAAUUUGUGCAAUCCUUUUGUGGAGUGUAUCCAAAGAUAUUCAAGUGGUGGUGCUCAUGUUGAUUCGGAGAAACGUGACAAAGACGGUGGAAUGUCACGAACUGCUGCAUCAGCAUCAUCCUCUAUGUUGUUUUCUGGUGAUUGUGUGAGUUUUCAACCUGUUGGUGUUACCAAGAGGGAUGAAUUUGUGUUUACUGGUAAACAAGAUACUUCAGGAUCAUCUUUUGUUGAGUUUAAAACGCCUGCACCAAAAGUUGGCAAAGAAGGAAAACUGAAGGAAAAAAAUAGCAAACUGAGAAUGAGUAAAAGUAGAGAAAAACUGAAGCAUUAUACCUCGGCCCAGCCAUGGCCUGGACAAGGUUUUGUUCAUAAGGGAAGUGUUUCCCAAGAAGAAUUGCAGGGUUCUUCAGAGACUUGUUCGCCAAUGGAUGUGUCUCCAUACCAAGAAAAACUGGCUCAAAAUGAAAUCUCUAGGGAAAAUUCUUUGACAUCCAAUGAGUCAUUUAGUGUUGAUAACAACUCUGUUGCUAAUGAUUCAAUACCAACCACUUCUAUUGAUCCCAUUGAUGAAGAUCUAAUUGUGGCCACUCAGAGCUUGACUAUAAAUGGGGUAGAUGUUGUGUGUGGAGAAACAAAGGAGGAAAGUUCAGAGUAUUGUAAACAUGAAAAUAGUGGUGUUGAAGACCCAAAGGAUGAUUCAAUUUCUGGGGUUGAAACUGAAAGCUUUAAGUCUGCCAAUGAUGAAGUGGACAUAACUAGUGAUGUGGCUUAUAUAUUGGCAGAAACUGAAGCCCGUGAUAGUGAUAGAACUUUACAUCUUGGUAGUUCUUUGAGUGCAAAAAAUGUAAGUGGGUCUGCCUUCACAUUUGCUGCUGCGUCUUCGGCUGAAGCUCAAUCAUCCAGCCCAAAACGUCAUCACAAAAAGAAAAACUGGGUAAAUGUUGGUCAUGAUUCUUACUACACACCAAACAUAAAGGUUCCAUAUUCAUCGUCAUCUGUGGCAUUUUCUCCAUUUUCUGGAACUUCAUCUCUUUUCAUAUCUGGACAAAGCCUAAAAGCCAAGGUAUCUUCUCCUCAACCCAAAACAAGGGAUUCCAAUGUGAAGGAAGAGCAGGGGAUAAAGGGGUCUUCUGCUUCUAUUUCUGCUGCAAUAAUUGCUGCUCAGGAAGACUGUGAAAAGUGGAGGCUCCGAGGAAACCAAGCCUAUAAAAAUGGGGAUUUGUCUAUGGCUGAGAGUUGUUACAAACAAGGACUUGAUUGUGUGUCUAAAGAAGAAGCAUCUCGGAGCUGUCUCAGGGCUUUGCUGCUAUGUUAUAGCAACCUUGCCGCUACACACAUGUCUCUUGGUAGGAUGAGAGAUGCACUAGAAGAUUGUAUGAAGGCUGCUGAAAUAGAUCAAAAUUUCCUCAAGGUGCAACUGAGAGCUGCAAAUUGUUACCUUGCUCUGGGGGAAGUUGAAGGUGCAUCACAAUAUUUUAAAAGGUGCUUGCAAUCAGGAACUGAUGUUUGUGUGGAUCGAAAAAUUGCUGUGGAAGCCUCUGAUGGCUUACAAAAGGCACAGAAAGUAUCAGAUUUCAUCAAUCAUGCUGCUCAGCUUUUGCAAAGAAGAACAUCCUCUGAUGCAGAGCGAGCAUUAGAACAUAUUAAUGAGGCAUUGAUAAUAAGUUCAUACUCUGAAAAAUUGCUUGAAAUGAAGGCAGAGGCUUUUCUAAUGCUUUGUAGAUAUGAGGAGGUGAUUCAGCUGUGUGACAAGACCCUUGGUUCUGCUGAGAAGAAUGCUUGUCUUUUGGAUACUGGUUGCCAAGUCACAGAUCUGGAUAAUUCACAACUCUCAAAAGGGUUCUACUUCAGAAUAUGGCGAUGCUCAAUGAUGCUUAAAGCUUACUUUCACCUAGGAAAGCUUGAAGAAGGUCUUUCUUUGCUGGAGCAACAAGAGGAGAAGAUGUCUGACAUAAACAAGAGUGCAAGCAAGGUUUUGGAUUCACUCAUACCACUAGCUUCCACUGUACGCGAGCUCUUGCGUCACAAGACUGCAGGGAAUGCAGCAUUUCAGGCUGGAAGGCACACGGAAGCUGUCGAACACUAUACAUCUGCUUUAUCAUGCAAUGUGGAGUCUCGUCCAUUUGCAGCUGUCUGUUAUUGUAAUCGUGCCACUGCAUAUAAAGCUUUAGGUCAAAUAACAGAUGCUAUUGCAGACUGCAGUCUGGCUAUAGCUCUUGAUGGAAAUUAUUUGAAGGCACUUUCUAGACGUGCAACUCUGUAUGAGAUGAUCAGAGAUUAUGCCCAAGCAGCCACUGAUCUUAGGAGACUUGUCUCUCUUCUCAGUAAGCGGGUGGAGGACAAUGCCAAUCAGCUUGGAAUAUCUGAGAGAGCAAUUAAUUAUACUAAUGAUUUGAAACAAAAUCAUGUUUGGCUUUCUGAAAUAGAGGAGGAAGCCAGAAAGGAGAUCCCUCUUGAUGUGUACCUCAUUUUGGGAGUUGAACCAUCUGUUUCAACAUCUGAAAUCAAGAAGGCCUAUCGGAGAGCUGCACUUAGACACCAUCCAGACAAGGUUGCCCAGUCUUUGACUAGAAGUGACAAUGGAGAUGAUCAGAUAUGGAAGGUUAUUGCUGAAGAACUACACAGAGAUGCUGACAAGCUUUUCAAAAUAAUUUUAGAGGCAUAUGCUGUGCUCUCAGACCCUGCCAAGCGUGCACGUUAUGAUGCAGAAGAAGAAAUGAGGAAUUCCCAAAAGAGACGCCAUGGACCUAUAGCUAGAAAUAAUGCGGAUAGCCAGUAUCCAUUUGAACAAAGCAACAGGAGACAGUGGAGAGAGGUUCGGAGAACAUAUGGUCAUCCAUCUUCUCGAGGUUCUGAACCAGGUCGAUCAAGUUGGAAAUAAGAAAAUGCGUAUGGAAUGAUAAUCCGGUGAGGAUUCGGAUUGCAGUUUGACUCUUCGAAUGUGUGGGCUAGUUAGUAGUGCCUUUGACCUUUGAAGUUAUCAUUUGGCCUGCUGAAUUUUGACGUUGUGGUAAAUUCGGCACUGCAUUGAUUCAGCCGGAAUGCAGCAACUUCAGUCCUUUGAGUUAGAAGAGCUCCUGCACUUACAUAAUUCUGCGGUUGAUGACAGAAGUUGGAGAAGCUAGGCUGUUCAAUACUUCUGGUUGCUUUGGGAGGUAGAAUUUUUCUCUGGGCAAGAGAAAGACGACGUGAUUGCGCACGCUUUUUAUCUUUUUCACCGCUGACCCCGAUUUUGAACAACGAGUUUGUGUUUUAGCUUGGCUGAUAAACCAAGCACUAGGGAAAAAAAAGCUUGGAAAUUUUGCAUUAUGGAUAAGAGGUCUGUUUUUUUUUUCCCCUUUCAGAUUUGUAAAUUUUAUAGACACUUAUAAAAAAAAGUUGAUAUUGAGAUGUACAGACGAAAUUAUAUUGUUAUAGCAUGACCAUGAUUGUAAUACCCAAAACAAAAGUUACAGUUGGGCUUACGUGAAUACGUUUUCUCCCGUGUCCAUAUGAAGUGAUCCUAAAAUCAAUUUCAAAAAGUUAACCAAAACAAAGAUAUACCUAUUCCACUUGUCAGUCAAGCAAUCCAACCUUUGUAAUGAAAAGAAAAGGCAAAAACAGAGUGGGAAAGGUUGGAACUAACAGUAUGUGCGGAGCUUCAAUUACACGUAAAGUAAAUAUAUUCAAUUAAUUACGCAUGUUCCAAACAAUUUGGCUCAUUUAAAAUAAGAAAUUAUAACUCUUAAUUAAAAAAGGUGUUUUACUUUAUAAAAUACAUUCUUCUCUUGAGAGGAACCAAAUUCAUUUCAUGAAUAAAGUAAGCGUAUAUAUUGUAAUUUGUUAAUUUAAUAAUUUUCAAAGUUAACCUCUCCCAUCACCUACCCCCCCCCCCCCCCCCCCCCCCACAACACGAGAAACCCUUUCAAGAUCCCAGUUACAAAUAACAAAUUGCUUGGAUCUCUUUGCAGGAGAAGGCUAUGGACUAUGGCUCCAUUUUCAUUUAGCGAAUCCAAAUAGGUAGGGCAUAAGUGUGCCUUGCUGUUUAGGACAUUUCUC